ACGCAGCCGACCACCCUCUAGGAGAAGUGGAGAGCGGGAUCUACAGAGUUCGACUAACGUUCAAGAAAUCGACUUGUUUUUCAAAAACGAGCGCAGUGCUUGACGCGGUGUGGCCUGAAGCUUGGCUGCGCCCGUGGUCCCCCCUGGUACAGAGCAUUGGUAGCUGCCGGGUUGUGCUCGUUUUUUGACGCCGGUUGAAGAUGGCGGCGGCGCAGGAGGGUCGGAGCUGCUGUGACUGAGGAUCCGUUCACCUCUGCCGCUUGGAUUCUUCUUAUUCUUAGGAUUAUUUAUUUUAUAUAUGUGCCUCCCAAGUGACUGAAUUGUAGCUUGCUGUCCGAGGAUUGGAGAUGGGAGAGAAGCUGGAGCUACGCUUGAAGUCUCCGGCAGGAGCCGAGCCAGCCUCUUACCCCUGGCCGCUACCUGUCUAUGAUAAACACCAUGAUGCUGCUCAUGAAAUCAUUGAAACCAUCAGAUGGGUGUGUGAAGAAAUUCCAGACCUGAAGCUAGCCAUGGAGAACUAUGUACUAAUAGACUAUGACACAAAGUGCUUUGAGAGCAUGCAGAGACUGUGUGAAAAGUACAACAGGGCGAUUGACAGCAUUCAUCAGCUGUGGAAAGGCACAACGCAGCCCAUGAAACUCAACACGCAACCUUCCAAUGGGUUACUCCGUCAUAUCCUGCAGCAAGUUUAUAACCAUUCAGUCACCGACCCUGAGAAACUUAACAACUAUGAACCUUUCUCCCCGGAAGUAUAUGGCGAGACAUCCUUUAACCUAGUGGCACAGAUCAUUGAUGAGAUUGAGAUGAUGGAAGAUGACACCUUUGUGGAUCUUGGCAGUGGAGUGGGCCAGGUGGUGUUACAGGUGGCAGCAGCAACAAAUUGCAAACACUAUUAUGGAGUGGAGAAGGCAGACAUCCCUGCCAAGUAUGCCGAGUCAAUGGACAAAGAGUUUAAGAAGUGGAUGAAGUGGUAUGGUAAGAAGCAUGGAGAGUAUACGUUGGAAAGAGGUGACUUCUUAUCUGAGGAGUGGAAAGAGAGAAUCGCAAAUACAAGUGUGAUUUUUGUGAAUAAUUUUGCCUUUGGUCCCGAAGUAGAUCACCAGCUGAAGGAGAGAUUUGCAAAUAUGAAAGAAGGUGGUAAAAUUGUAUCCUCAAAACCUUUUGCCCCUCUAAACUUCAGAAUCAACAGUCGCAAUCUGAGCGAUAUUGGCACAAUAAUGAGGGUUGUGGAGUUGUCUCCUCUGAGGGGCUCUGUAUCCUGGACUGGAAAGCCUGUUUCUUACUAUUUACAUACAAUAGACCGGACCAUACUUGAAAAUUAUUUUUCCAGUCUCAGAAAUCCAAAACUCAGGGAUGAGCAAGAGGCUGCUAGGCGGCGACAGCAGAAAGAAGCAAAAGAAAAUAAAAGCAGCACAACAACUCCAACCAAAGUGCAUGAUCCCAAGCAGGAUUCAGCUGGUGAAGAGGAGAAGUCUGGUUCAGUAGCUACAGUUAAGAAAGCUUCACCGGCCAAGCCACCACGUAAAACCCGUCUCAUCAAGAGCCGGAAGAUGGGAGGAAGGAAGCGUGGACGACCCAAAAAGGCUAGCGCUUCUGCAGCAGAGCGUAAGGCUAAGAAGAAUCAGGCCGCGUUGGAGCUAAUGCAUGCCAAAACGGUGUCCCAGACAGCGCCAUCUCAGGACACACACAAAGCACCUCAUAGCCCAUUCUAUCAACUACCUCUGAAAGUGCAGCGGCCAUUAUCAGGACAGCUGCUCCUGGGCCCAACACCACCUGCACUGCAGCAGCUUCUAGACUCUUUCAAGGUACAAUACCUUCAGUUCAUGGCCUACAUGAAAAGCACAGAGUACAAUACUAGCCUCCAGGAGGCACUGGAACAGGAAAAGGAACGAAACAAAGACUUGACUGGGAAGGCAGAACAACUUUUUGCCCAGUGCCAAGGUCAGAAAGCAAAGAUCAAAGGACUGUUUCAUCAAAAGUUAGAAGAGCUUGGAGUUAAAGCACUCACCUAUGAAGACCUACUUCAAGCUCAGAAGGAGAUAUCUGCACACAACAGGCAGUUGAAGGAGCAAACUAAACAGCUGGAAAGAGACACCAUAGAGCUGAAAAACCAAAGCUUACAGCUGAUGAAGAAACGAUGUGAGGAGUUACAACUGAAAUGGUCCACGCUGUCACUGGAAACUCUGCAUAAGGAAAAACAGGCAUUGAGGAGCCAAAUCUCUGAGAAGCAGCGGCACUGCUUGGAGCUUCAGAUCAGUAUUGUGGAGCUGGAGAAGAGCCAGCGUCAGCAAGAGCUGCUUCAGUUGAAGUCUUACAGUCCAUGUGAGGAUAGCCUGUCUGCAUCAUACCUGGGAAAGGGGCCUCCGAGCUUGGAGCCUCGCAUCCCUUUGGACAUGAAAACGUCCGAAUUGCCAAUUCCUGCUGUGAACUGUCUGAGCCCAGAAUUAACUAUGAAUGGAAGUGCUUCAUCUUGCUUUGAUAGAGGGGUGAAACCUGAACUACUGUCCCACUUCCUGGCUUCCUCACAUGACGAUAUUGUUCCUCCAACCCCUGGUGCUAGACAGCGCCUACCGAGUCACACUCUGCCUGAUUACACUCGCCUUUCUCCUGCAAAAAUUGCGUUACGGAGACACUUAAACCAGGAUCCCGGUGGUGCACUAAAGGGCUCCAUGCUCUCAUUGCAGAGGAAUGAAAUUGUGAAGGAUGGAAUUUUAUCUACACCUAGUCUGGGAAUUAGACAGGGUUCAUCUCCAUCUUCCCCUGGGCUCCAGCAAGGUGAAGCUAUGAAAGCUGCUGAAAAGAGCUAUAAAGAGAAGAGUGUUCCUGGAAAUCCAGAUGCCAUCACAAGCCUUCCCAUCAGCAUUCCACUGAGCACUGUGCAUCCCAGCAAGUUGCCUGUCAGCAUACCACUGGCCAGUGUUGUUCUUCCGUUCCGUGUAGAGAAGUUGAGAAGUACACCCAGUCCAGUGCCCCAAUCCAGAGAUUCUGGCUCACAAGACAAAUUGGCAGGAGUUGUUGGACAACUUGGUAGCAACGCUAUGCCACAGAAGACUCCUCACACACCUACCUCAGGGUAUUCCGUGUCCUCCUCUGGUUCUGUGACGUUGAAUGGAUCGCAUUCUGGCUCUGGAUUUUUUUCAAUGGAUCAGAGCUCCUUGGACAACUCUCCUGUAUCCCGUGAUUCUUCACCUCAUACUCCAUCCUUUAUGUUAAUGCAUGCUCGCGGCUCAGGACAAUCUUCUCCCAGCAGUCCUAGAGUGACUGUUGGUAACCUUGGCAACCUUUGCACAGGAGGGGUUUUGCAGUAUGCUGAUGGACCUCCUCGCAUUAUUCCUGAAGGAGGAAAACGAGAGCUCGCUUUGGAUUCUGAGGGUUUGGAAUGUGACGCCAAGCGGAAAAAUUUCUUCUCUUCAGGAAUGAAGCAGACCCACACUGCAAAGCAAGGGCCCCCUGGAAGCACAUGUAGAGGAGACAUCCCAGAUGUGAAAAAGCGGAGCAAGAAGAAACGCAGCUCCUCCAGUAACUAUUCCACUGGGAGCUCUCCAAAGAGAAAGCCCCAUUUGGGAAUUGGCCAUUCUUCUGGAUCGCCACUGAAUAUCAGUUCAAUGGUUAAUAACAUCAACCAGCCUUUGGAAAUUGCAGCCAUCUCAUCCCCUGAGACCUCUAUGAAGAAUUCUCCCAUUCCAGAUUUGGAUCAGCCCCCUGUCCUGAAGCGGGAAAGGCCAUUGGAUAUUAAUGGGACCACACGCUAUUCCUCAACGAUGAGUUCUGAUGAGGAAGAGCGUGACUGCCAGGAGGAGUGCGCCAGCAUGCGAAUUGAAAGGAAGAUUGCAACAAUUUCUCUAGAAAACUGUGACAGCCCUGUGAAACUAGGUGAUUUUGAUAAAGGUGGAAACCCUGCAGGUCGUAAAGUAAGCAACAACCAUGAGAUCAGCUCAUCCACCUCUAGCAGCAGCAAAUGGAAAUCAACUUUCUCCCCAAUCUCCGAUCCUAAGCAGCCUAACUCUGAGACAGUUCGUCAAGGCAGCUCUCCUUUUGGGGGUCGCUAUGGCAGUGUGGACUCAGAAUCUGACCAUAAGCAGCAGCUCAGGAAGCUGAUGACAUCUGUAGGGGCUGUUGAUGCCUCAGGGAGUUCUGCUGGAGGAGGUGCAGUUCCCAACUCCUCUGGUCUCCUAAUAAAUGGCUCGGCCUACUCGGGGCAGUUACAGAGCCCCAGCUUGAACCCCAACCCAUUCCGCAGACAAGCAGAAGUCCAGGGGAUUGAUGUAGGGAGCCGCAAUGCCCAAGAACAGCCACAGGGUCUGAGUGGCCUGGGAAAGGUGAAGUCAAGAGAGUGGGACACUGGAAAAAGCCAGACGCAAAACCUUUUUAUUUCGGCUACUGUCUCAGUGGCAACUGGAGAUAUCCUGAGUAGUAAAGGGGGACCUCCACCAGCUUCAACAUCAUCUGGAGUGUCUGUGGGUACCCCACAUGCUUACUUGGGUCCCCAGUUUUCCUUGGGUAGCUCGUCAGUGUUGCAGUCUCUGUUUGGGGCACAGUCCCCUACAGCAGGAGGGCAGAGGAUGGUGAAUGGCCACACAGCGAUGGGAUCCUUCACUGGCUCUGGACUCUCUGGGGGAGCAGCUGGAGGUAUUUUUAGCCACAUGGUUCCACCCGGCUCUUCCCAUCAAUUUGGAGCCAGUCUGAACGUUUCUGGCUCCUCCUCUGGCAGCGGCUCUUUGAUGAGCCUCACCCCCAUGCAACAGCAGGCAGCACCUGGCUCCCUCAGUGGGGUUCCUCUCCCCCAGUCAUCUUUGCAAAGCCGGACCCCCUCUAUGCCCUCAGUUCCACUUUCAGUCCCGUUGUCCCUGCCCCUGCCUCCUCCUUUGCUGGCCACCAAUUCUGUUGCCGAGUUGCCGCAAAAUCCAAGCAGCGGCGGCAGCAGUGACGGCUUCCUGCCUCCCUCUUCCUCUCAACCACAGAAAUGCAAGCCUUCCUUUACCAUACAUCACCCACCCCUUGUUCCCCGCUCUGCAUCCGCUAGCAACCCUUGUCCCAGCAACCUGUGGGUCACUUUUGGCAUGCAGGCUCCUAAUGCUUCACAGCUAUCAGGGGUCCGUCCACGGUAGGGAUUACCUACCCAAGACUACGAUUUAAUUCAAGGUAACUGACAGUUCUACCUCAAACAGAGAACGACCUAUGCAAAAGACGAGUGUGGACCAAGAGGACUGCUCUUCCACGGAUUGGUGCUCAGAGAAUCUGUCCCUCGCCUGUUCUAUCCCACCCUACCCUUCUCCCCAGCGAGAAGGAUCUUCGUCACGCAUGGGUGUUAUUGUGUAACACAAUUGUGCACUAAUGUUUCGGCAUUCCAGCACAAAAUGAUGUGUGCCCACUUGCUGCACUGCUUAGCAACAUUAUGCUCGGUCUGGUCCUUUCCACUAUUAUGCUUGUCCAAUCCUCCGUCUUUUGUUUUCCUGACCAACUUAUCCUGAGUCAUUUUACUUGUGAUGUUAUGAAGAGAUUACAGUCAGUGCAAAGUGGACAACAUUAAUGAAUGAAAAAAACAUUUUAUUUAUUUUUUUUAACAAAUUUUUGGACAAGAUUGACUCUUGGUGCCGCUCAGAUGAAAUACUCUUCCCCUCCAGGGUGGGUCAAUCAGCAAACUGGGAUAGAGAUGUAGUGAUAUGCAUGCCCAGCCCACCACUCUACUUCCAGCUGAAUAACUAACACACAUGCACACGCACACCCCAACCAGAUUUUUACACAUAUGCGGUGUUGCAGUGUUCCUUUCUUGCAUUUUCCAUCUUAGCUUCUUUUUGAUUUGGAAAUCUGGCUUUCAUUGAACCACAUGACUUCCAUCUGGCUAGUUCCUCUUUCAAAAUUUUACUUGGAUGUUUUUGGUUAAAAUACUGAUAGCAAUUGAGAAAAAAAAAAUUUGCAAGGUGAAUAGAUGUGAGGGUGCAAUCAGUGGUCAAGCUGGCAUCCUGAAACAAACUCAGGCAUUGCAUUCACUGGGUCUCUUCCCAUCUUCCAGUUCCCUACUUCUCCACCUUUGUUGUAGCUGCCUAUAUAUUGGUUCUGUUGUGUUUUCCUAGGGUUUCAGUGACAGGGGUGUCCCAUUUUAAGACUUGUAUUGUAAAAACUAACAAAUAAAUGACUUUGCAUUCUGAAUGUUAACACCAAGGGCUUGGGAACUGGUAGAUUUCAGAGAGCUCACUGGUAGAUUAUACCAAAGACUUGAAACCUUCACAUCUUGGGAGAUUUAUUGGGGCCACUAUCCAGUCUGACCGUCACAGAUGAAAUUUAGGAGCAUAGUGGCAAGUGUGACCCUACCCUUGUUAUGCAGUCUGCUAAGAGAGAGACUGCUGCACUGUAUGUCAAAUCUGGCAGAGCUGAAUUGGUUGCUUUGCAAAAAUUGGGGCACCUUUCUCUCAGAAACCUUUGGAUCCGAGUUAACUGGACAAGUCUGUCACCAUAUCAAAGAAAGAGCCUCUUGUUUAGGGGGGGGUUUUGGGGGCGUGUUGAUUGCUUUAUCCACCUAACCCUUUCUGUUUAUUCUGUUUGUGUUUUAUUGUUAAAAUUAGUCUUUAAGUGACCGAGUGACAGUGGAGCAGGUGGGUCUUGUCAAUGUGCUUGCCUUUACCUGGUGCUAUCAACCCAACUCCAAAAACUGUGCCUGGGGUUUAAAAGUGAAUAGUGGGGGGAUUUAAAUAUAACAAAAAAAAAAAAAAAAAAAAACUGAUAUUAAAAACAUGGUGCUCUAGGUGCAGAAGGCGGCACCAAAUGUGGCAAUACUUGUAUCCAGCAUUAACAUCUGCUUUUUCUCAUAUAUAUUUUUCAAUUUUGUUUGAAAGAAAGCUUUUCAAUCUGAAGCAAGCUGGCAUGACCACUGCAGUUUACAUCCUCGCGGCCGCGUGGUCAAGUUGGGCCAAGUCUGCAAGCUUCUUUUUUUUUUCUCUCCCCACACAUGCUUUUUAUUUAAGAAGAAAAAAAAACUCAAAAGUAGUUGUCUGAGUAGAAAAAUCACUACUACUGAGAAUUAAGCAAAUGCAUCACAAAAGCAAAAACUGUGGCAUGUUUACGAAAAGACAACGAAAAAUGGAAGCUGACCAAAAUAGGAUUCUAUACUUUUUAAUUUUUCUUCCAGUUAUUUUAUAUGCGUAUGUGUGUUUGUAAGGUUUAGAGUAAACAGCCUGCUGUGACUUCCAGCAGCACUGUUUGCUACUUGGAGAUGAAAAAAUGAAACUUAAAAGAAACUCAAAUGGCAGAUUUGUUUUUAGUUGCCAAUUUGGGUCGUGGCUGGAGAGCAGUGUGUCGCAAUCCUCUUCUGCCAUGUCCACAAUGUCACCAGCACUGAACUUUUUAAUUUAAUUUUUUUUUAAGGAUGAUUUGUGGUUUGAUUAAUUAUAAGUGAAUCAAGAUCCAGGUGAAAUACUGUAGGUCCUCAUAGUAGCGUGGUGCUCUCAUGGACUUAAUAAAACAAUGCAGCUAUGAUGUAUCAUCGUGUGAUCUCCAGUCACUGGAGCCUUCUUAUUUUAAUUUUAUUAUAAUUAUUUUAAGAUAUAAUCUUUUUGCGUCCUCCGGAAGUCUUUGUGGGGUGCAGCAGUUGCGGUGGUUAUCGGGUGGGGGGUGGUGUCUAUAAAUAUUUUGUGAAAUAAAUGCUCCUGACCUUUCCUGCGUAUUCAGUCAUGUGAGAGUGUUUUCAUCGUUCUUCCGUUUUCUUUUCUUGUUAUUAAAGAGUCUGUACCUUUUCAAGCAUUUUAGGAAUUUUUUAGGUGCAGUGAUUGUUGUGCUGAGAAAAGAAACCAAGCUGAUCUUGUGAACUAUGUAGGAUAGGGUUGUUUCCGUGGUGCCGUCUCUCUUGAAUUAUUAUCUAACGUGGCGCUUCAAGCAGAACUCUCACUGGUGCUCACAAAAAAAAUGCCUUCAUGCCGAACUGGAAAGCAUAAGCAGUGACCACUGGGUCCUUUUAAAGGCAAAUGUAUAAAAUUUGUCAGAUUCUUUACGGCCCUCUUAAUGUAGAAGAUUCAUCCCCUUGGACCAUUAGGUACCAGAGCGGGGGCAUAUUUUUAUUUAAGCUUUUUUUUUUUUAAUUUAAGUAAUAAAAUGGGCAGUUAUCCACAGACACAGGCUGGUCAUUCCACAAACUGUUGUAGAAAUAAAUUCCCCGUCCCAAAAUGCAGUCACACUCAAGUGAGCUUUGUAUCAUUAAACAAAGUCCCAAAAUAUAGCUCGCCAUGUGAGGUGCCACAGGGACCCCAUUGCUUGCUAUGUUUUCUAAAUGCCGCAGGAACGCUUGAAGCCGUUGCUGUUUUUAAUGUCUUGAAUUAAUUUUGAUAGCAAACACUAUAAACAAAUUUAAAAAUUAUUUAACUGUACAUAUGUUUUAUAUAGAGUAUAUAUUUAGAUUUUUUUUUUUGUGGGUGGGAUUUAGAACGCUCGCAGAAUUGUGGUCACAGUAGGUCUGGAUGGAAAGGGGACUCUGUAAGAACAACAGAUUUUGAUUUUUAUUUUGGCUCUAAUUUCAGUUGGUGCUUAAGCAAGGCCUCUGAAAGGGCAGUGCCCAGCAGACUCAAACCCCCUAAAGUUGAGCUCUGGAAGUGUCCACAUGUGCUUGUAGGUUUACCCAUGGGUGUAAGUUAUUAUAGUGAAAGCUGCCCAUUUGUCUGGCACGCCUUUGAGUGAAGAGUAGAGUCAGUGAUCCAAAAUACAGGAGACCCUGCGACCUCCGCUUCCUCGAUACUUAAUAGUUGAUGGAAUAUGCCGGCACGUGAUCACUGGCUUCUUUUGCUUUGAUUUUGCGUAAUUUGGACUCUGAGCAGACAGCACACUGGUGGUUCAGGGGUUCUUUUUAGCUUUCUAUCUCCCCACCCCACCAAUUGCGGGUCCACUUUUUUGCAUUUUGAUCAGAUGUGUUAUCAUAGAUCAAGAUAAAAGCCACAUUACAGGUUUGUGGGCAGAUUAAAUACCCGAAAGGUGUGAAGAAAAUAAUGUAGGCCCCAUACUUCCAUUUGUCAUUUUACCCCCCCAGUGGGAGGUAAUCAAAGCCCACCCUUUUGGGACAGGGGAGUCCAAUGUAAAUUUCAGCCUGUUCACUGUGAUGCCUUUUCUGUUGGAGUAGUUGUAAUUUGGGGAGAGGAUUGAUGGGGAUGAUUUUUAAUUCUGUAACAGAAGCUGAGAGCUUGUAGCCUAAGCAACAUGGUAAUUAUUUAUUUUUUAUUGACCAAUAAUGAUAUUUAAUAUGGAAAUUUUCAGUAAUGCUUAGAUGUGUUGGAAAAGGGUGUCCCAUCACUCAGGAACCAAUAUGUACACUGUUCUGACAGAUCACCGUCAACUUAAUAUAAAUACAUAUAUAAAUAUAUAUCGAAAUAUUUUUUUUUUUUCCUUUCUUUCAACACCUUGCAGAACAGAUAUGUCUAAUAUCCAGGACAAUUUCAAUAUUCCCAAAAGCUGCUUUUAUUUUAUUUUUUUUUUGUCUUAGAAUUUGUUAUAUAAAUAAAAGUAUUGUUAUGAUGAGUUGUGUACUGAUGAUCAACUCAUAUUGGUGCUUUUUCCUUUCUAAUUUAUUUUAAAUGCAGUACAGGAUGUCAUCUUUGCCUGGCAUGAACAGGCCUGCUGUCGCAGUGGUGUGGCACCCAGCUCUUUCUGCAUGCUGGGGUGGGUUGCCCCCACCAGCAGGUCAGUAUCAGAAACAAUGGCCAAGACACAGAUUUCCUGUGCGUUUAGGGUUCUUUUGUGGUAUUUGUAUGCCUCUUGGAAAAUUUUUGAGCCAGCAUUUUAUUUAUUUAAACAAAUUAUCAUGUUAUAUAUACAAUACCUUGCAGAAGUGCUCAAAGUCUUGGAAAGCUUUAGAAUUGAUUAAUUCAAAAUUUGUUGCUUUUUAACCUGCUUAGUUAAACGCAGUUUUGUGGAGAGCCUGGGCCUGUUCUAGGAGUACGAGGAAAAAGGCGGGAAUAAGACUUGGAUGGAAUCCAGGGUACACUCGCACUAUGCCAGUUAAGUGCUGCCACUUAAGACAACACACACGUCUGUCGAAUUAAACUGAACUUACUACUCCAGAGUCUAGCCUGGACACUGGCUUUGUGGGCUUUUCCCCACGUGUUUAGGGGUUUUCUUUUCAUCUCCCAAAGAUGUGUGUAUUAAGUUAACUGGCUUCCUUAAACUGGUCUAUAAGUGAGUGUGGCACUGCUGCCUCACUGAACUAGCAACCUGGAUUUGAAUUCCAUACCCAGUCACUGUCUCCUUGGAUUUUUUUAAUGCCCUCAUAUGUCUUUUUUAUAUCUGCACAUAUCUCAAAGAAGCAGGUGUUAAUUGGUUACUCUAAAACUGCUGCUUGUGUACGGGCACUGAUACCCAGUGCUGCUGGGAUAGGCCCUGUCUCCCCAUAACUCUGCGCUAGAUAAGCGGAUUGGAAAAUCUUUUUUCUUUUUCCCUCCAGAUUGUUUUUACUCAAAUCUGACUAAAUAAUCAAUAUAUCAGCAAAUGUGUUAAGUAAAUAUCCAACUAUUUUUGAAUCCCUGUUUAUUAGACCAGGUCAAAACCUGUUGCUUUUGUAAGUUUUGUAAGCAUUACUCUGAACGUUUGGUGUAGACGACUUCCUCUUCUGUAACACCUUGAAGUGUUUUUGGGAAAGUGUCUCCUUAAUACUGUCUGGAAACAAUUUUUCUGCUUUGUAUUGGUUCGCUUGCUCCUGCUUCCUUAAGCUGCUUAACAGAACACUCCACCCCAAAAUGAUACUUUAUUUUUUAAUAUGUUACCCCAUAUGUUUUGUAGUGAUGGCCAAAAAUAUUAUUUAAAUUCUGUUGUGUUAAAAUAUUAUUUAAAUUCUGUUUUCAUGUAGAACAGAACAUAACUCAAUGAGGGCCAAUGCUGUACAACGGCAAACAAUUUGAAAAACAUCUUUGGAAAAAAUAAAUCUCCUGUUACUCAUGUUGCAUAAUUCACAUGUCUGUUACCUAAUCGCUUGCUCAAAAUGCUUUUUUUCUUUUUUUGCUACAAUAUUUUUAAAUGAAUACUUUUUAAAUUAUCAUCCUGUAUAUACUUUAAACCUAAUUGGUCAAGAGUCCUGUCUUCAAAAACUUCAUCUGGUAAGUCCUUAGGUUUCAAAAAAUUGGACGACAGUACAAAGUACAAGGGUUAGGUUAACGUGUCAUUUUUGGGUGGAUUGUUUCUUUAAUUUUUGAGAAUGUGUUCCAAAUUUCAGAUGUUCAUUAAGGCCAGAAUAACAGCUUUGACUGGACCUCUCGUGUACAUUCUUCAUUUUAUUCUAGAGCUGUUCCCAUUUAGUAAUAAUAGUAAUAAUAUAUAAUACAUAAACUUUACGUACAGAAUUGAUCAGAGCACUUUAUUGUGGAUCAUUGUUCUUGUUCCUCCAGCAUUGGCUUUUUAGUGACCGAUUCUCUGUCUACGUCUUUAUUUCUGCAAUUUCUCUUUCAUUUGAUAUUGAUUUCCAGGUCCUCCCAGGUCCAGGUGGAGUGACAUGGGCCAAGUAAGGCUUUAAAGUUUGGCCAAAAAAGCUCCAGAAUACUACUUCUCACAUCUUAUCUUGAUUGAUCACAUGCUGUCUAGGCUUUUUGGACCACAUUGAAGUUUUGUGAUACUUGUCCAGAUAACCGAAGCCACGCAAGUAUCCCCCCUAGAAAUACUGCCUUUUGAACUGAAAAAUGACCAAACUAUUAUCAAAAAAAAAGUCACAGUCUUGGGGACGGCAUAGUGAUGAGCCCUGUUUUUGUGAGGUAUGCAUGGCCUCCAUGCGUUCCUGAAAUGUUUUUAUCCAGGUGCUUGUGUUCAGUUCGGUCAAAUUAAAUUUUUCUUCACUAAGCAUAAUGUCUACACAUUGUAAUGUGCUAAUAAUCCAUUAUUAAACAUGACACCUUUUUUUACGAUAGAAUUUGUUAAUCACUUAAGAGAAACUUGUCCUUUUGCAUGAACUUCAGGGAUCAGAGCACAGAGUCCGUAAUAGUGCCGCACCCCAUUUAAGUACAAAAACACUCAUAUUAAGUUAAAAAUGAAUCUCGUGAUUAAGAUAAAAAAAGUCAUGGCAGCCCUGUUAACAUAAUGACCAGAUGACAAAAGAGGAUAAAAAAAAUUGGGAAAAAAAAAUCAACCUUUGAAUUGGUAAAUUAAAACAUGUAGGUGAGGCUCUAACAAGCCAGCCAUCAUGUUUAGGUGACUCUAAAUUAGCCUGGUGUCAGUUUGUGCGUGAGAGGGGCCUGCAUUAGACUGUCGCUCCGUCCAGGGUGCACUGCCAGUGCUGCUGUGAUGGGUUCAGGCCUACUGUGACCCUGAAUUAGAUUAAGCAAACCUAUAAAUAAAAAGCUGACCAUAACAAAAUAAAAAGGUGAGUGUCUGAGUGACCUUUUAGAAAUGGAUGAUCCAGCUUGAGGCUGAUAUCACCGUGAAAGGAGCUUCCACCAAGAAUUAGUGAGAAAAUGAAAUACUUACACAAGCAACAGUGUUUUCAUUUUAUAUUUUCUCCUUAUUGUUUGCUGAUGUUGACUAAUUUAACCUGUAAUGUUAAUUAUUUGUGACAGGCAAGCAUUGAGUAAAAAUAUCAUCAAGAAGAGAGUGGAAAUCGUGACAGGCUUCCAGUGAUGGCAGGCUGCUUUUCCAAGGUGUUGUAUGUGGGGAUUGCACAAUUGAACAAGCUUUGUGAUAUACGUACACUACGUCAUUCAUAAACUAGUGACCUUGUCCACUGAGAAUUGAAGGCAUACAAAUGGAGAGGAGGCAGUAGGCCAGGGUGGACUGUCGAUCCGGACAAUCUCGGAGAGCCCCCCCAGCCUGCCAGGAGGGGUGGCCGGUGAGUGGUUGUAGUGGCAAGUGUUUAGGAUGUCCCAGCUCUACUCCUAAAAAUUCAAACUGUACUGUAGAAAGGGGUUGGUGUUUUUUUUUUUGUUUUUUUUUGUAAUUUCUAUAAGUCCAGUUUGUUCUGGAAGACCUUACUGUUUGUUACUGGUGCUUAUUCUCUUCUAAAAAGAGAUUUUAAAGAAAUGAAAGAAAAAUGCUUUGGAAUUUUUUCAGCUUGUUUUUUUUUUUAAUUAAAAUGUGUGUUUCUUAA